AUGUUCAAAAGACACAAAUCUCUUGCUUCAGCACGCAAGAAAGAAUUAUUUUCCAAAGGAGCAUCACGGUUCAUAUUGAAGAAUGAUUUGAGAAAUUUUCAGUGUGUGUCGCAACUUGUGCUCUCAGCAGGCCCUCUGAAACCAGCUCCAGUGGUCAAACAUUCAAAAACUAUUCAUUUUGAGAUUGAAAUACUUGACGCUCAAACAAGAAAGCAGAUAUGUAUUGUGGACAAGGUGACACAAAAAUCUACUAUUCAUGAUGUUAAACAAAAAUUCCACAAAGCAUGUCCACAGUGGUACCCUUCCCGGAUUGGUCUGCAACUAGAAUGUGGUGGGCCUUUUUUGAAGGACUAUAUCAGUAUUCAAAGUGUUGCCGCUUCCUCCAUUGUUACACUCUAUUUUACAGACCUAGGUCAACAAGUUAGUUGGACUACAGUAUUUUUGGCUGAAUACACAGGACCUCUUCUGAUAUACCUCCUUUUUUAUUUGAGGAUGCCAUAUAUAUAUGAUGUGAAAGAGAGUUCUAGAAUAUUACGUCAUCCAGUGGUACACUUGGCCUGCUUUUGCCAUUGUAUACACUACAUUCGAUAUCUUUUGGAAACCUUAUUUGUUCACAAAGUUUCUGGAGGACACACACCUUUGAAAAAUUUGAUUAAGAGUUGUGCCUUUUACUGGGGAUUCACUUCUUGGAUUGCCUACUACAUUAAUCACCCACGGUAUACACCACCAUCAUUUGGAAACAGACAAGUCACAAUUUCUGCUGUCAGUUUUCUGAUUUCUGAAGCUGGGAAUCAUUUCAUCAAUGUAGUUCUGGCUCAUCCCAAUCACACAGGACAUAAUGCCCGUUUUCCAAGUCCGACUUAUAACCCCUUCACAUGGUUGUUUUUUCUGGUUUCAUGUCCUAACUACACCUAUGAGAUUGGAUCAUGGGUUAGUUUCACAGUGAUGACACAAACACUGCCAGUUGGAAUUUUUACACUCCUAAUAAGUAUCCAGAUGUCAUUGUGGGCACAAAAGAAACAUAAGACUUAUCUGAAGAAAUUCAAUUCUUACAUGCACAGGAAAUCAGCAAUGAUUCCAUUCAUAUUGUAAAAAAAUA